AUGAGCUUACAGUCAUCGGAACUUGCUCGAGCCACUCAGACGCGAGCAUACAGACACGUCUUACGCAAAACGACUGGAUUGCGAGUCACCAGUUGUCCUGCUUGGCGUCUUCCGUUGAACAAAGUCCGCGCUCGUCAUCUGCUAGCUGUUUUUGCCGGUCUGUGGCCACCCAACCAAUCCACCGUAGACGGUAUCACAGGUGAUCAACGUUUGGCAAAAUUAUUGACCGCUCCAGCAGUCCAAGUACCUUUUUGGUUGGGUUCGCUCUCCAGUGAGAAUCCAGAACAGGGUUCCAGUGCUCUCCCUCAACCUGGUACUUCAUCCCAGUCUUCAUAUACUUUGACCGAAGCGGAUGUGAAAGCGUUCGAAAGUUUGAUUGCCGACCUCAACUUUGACGAAUGUACUGGGGACAGUGGUACAGAAGCUUCCAGUCCAAUCACAGAUCAUACCCGUUUCCAGUCCUCUAUUCACGAGGAACUGGAAUCCACUCAGAUCGAUUCGGAUGAGGAUUAG